UUUCGGACAACAACAACAACAACAAUAAUUUGAACAAAUUCAUUUUCAUCUCUAUCUGUCUGUUUGUGUUUUUGUAUGUGAUUGUCAGUUUUCAAUAAACAAGAACAAAAAAUAUGUCCAAUUGGAAAAAUAAAAUCUGGACAUUUCAACAACAACAACAACAACAACAGAAUCAAAAUCAAAACGAUAUGGAACAGCCGUCACCACAGCCAUCACAAUCAUCACAAUCAUCACCAUCAUCACAAUCAUCGUCAUCAUCAACAAUAACGGCAGAAUUUGAGAAAAAAGUUUCCACAAAACAUUCACAGCCAAUCAUAUUGACAAAAUCAUUAUACAUAUUUUUACUUGCUUGUUUUGGUAUUCUAUUCAUCAUCAUUGGCCUUUUAUUCUAUUUAGCUAUUCUACAUUCACUAAUACAUAAAAUAAUUACAGAGAAAUUAGUUAUUGCCGAAGGCAGUGAAACAUAUGAAAAAUGGAAACAAAUUCCUAUGCCCGUUUAUUAUCGUUAUUAUUUUUUCAAUGUAACAAAUCCAAUUGAAAUUGAACGUAAUGGUGCAAGGCCACAGGUUCGUGAAAUUGGUCCAUUUACCUAUAGAUCACGUUGGAGAAAAGAUCCUAUCAAAUUUCAUUCAAAUGGAACGGUAACAUUUCGUGAACGUAAAUCUCUUGAAUUUGUCCGGGAGCUAUCGAUUGCUUCGGAUCGUGAACGUAUUCUGGUUACUGUCAAUGGUCCAUUAACGGUAACAUUAGCAUUAUUACAAAAAGCACCAUUGGUUGUUCGUAAUAUUGUAUCACUUGGAUUGAGUACAGUGGCUGAAGGUUUUUUCAUACGUCGUAGUGCUCGUGAAUUAUUAUUUGAUGGUUAUCAUGAAGUUUUGACUAGUUUUGGUCCAUUACUCAAUCCAAACAUUCCAAAUACUAAAGGUCGAUUUGGUUGGCUAUAUGGCCGAAAUAAUACAGAUGAUGGAUCGUUAACAAUAUUCACUGGCCAAAAUGAUUUCACACGAAUUAAUCAUAUCGAUCGAUAUAAUGGAAAAACCGAAUUGCAAUUUUGGAAACCUAAAAGUGAAUGUAAUCGUUUACAAGGAACUACUGAUGGACAAAUUAUAGCAACUAAUGACGAUCGAACAUUUAAGCUGUUCCACCCUGAACUUUGUCGAACAAUAAAGUUUAAUGCUGAUGAAACAGGAAUAAAUGCAACACAUUUCAUGCCAAAAGAUUAUAAUGGUGAUUUGAAUGAUAUCAAAAUCACUGUUGAUCGAUAUGUUCCGGAUCAGGAUACUCUUGAUUCGAUUGAUGAUCAUCCACCAAAUAUAUGCUAUACAAGCAAAAUUACUCCAUCCAGACCAGAAUUGGGUGAUAUACUCGUAUCGAUACGCGAAAGAAAUCAGUCACGUUUUGCCAUAAAACCAUUUUUUCGUACAAAAAAUGGCCGUAUUAUAUUUCGUUCCGGUGUAUUUGACAUGUCCGAAUGUAAAUAUGGUGCACCAGUUCUGUUUAGUUAUCCACAUUUUCUUUAUGCUCAUCCAAAUUAUCGUGAAAAUAUUGGUGGACUUCGUCCGGAUAGACGACGACAUCAAUUCCAUAUGAUGGUCGAACCAAACACUGGUACUAGUAUACGUUCAUAUGCUCGUAUACAGAUCAAUAUUUACAUCACAAAACCUCCAUGGAUUUCAAGAUUCCGUUAUAUACCCGAAGUAGUGUUUCCGGUAUUCUGGCAGGAGUUACGAGCUGAAGCAUCAUCAGAAAUGAUUGAACAUAUAAAUUGGGCAUUGACCAAGCCAUUCAUCUAUGCUGAUUUACUUUCUAUUGUGAUUAUUGUGAUUGGAUUGAUUUUAGUUGCCAUUAGUGGAUAUUGGCUAACGAUUCAUAAACAUAAAAAUAAAACAACAAACAAUGUGGAUAAAGAUGAAACCAAUUUCGUUAUGUUUACACCAUCGCAAAAAUUUUCUAACCAACAACAAACGAACAAUAAUGGAAUAUGGGUCGAUAUUGAUAGCCGACAAUCACCACCAACAUUAUCGAUAACAAGUGCCAGUAUGGUAAAUGCUGGUUAUGAUCAUGAUACAGACACAACGACAUCAUCAUCAUCAUCAUCAUCAACAACAACGGAGACAGAAAAUUAUCCGGUGAAAAGUUGAUUAUUCGACAUUAAUUUGUUUUCAUUUUAUCAUUUAAAACUGUGAUAUGUUUUUCUUUUCUUUCUUUCUCUAUUUCUUUUUGGUACAUUUGUUUCAUUUAUUUCUGGAAAAAAUUUUGAAAUUCAUAUCGUUGUAAUUGUACUUUAGUUUCAUCAUUGAAAUAAUUUGUUUAUUUUUUUUCGCCGUUCAUUUUUUUAAAUUAUGUCUGUAUCAUUUA